AUGGAACGUUCCCGAUUUGAUACCAUCCCUCAUGCCCCAAAGGACGAGUUUCGCCAACUCAUUACUGAUUUUAGUACCGAUGUAUCCCCGAAUAAGGUCGGUCUUGUAUCGGGCAUGUAUUGGAAUGAAGAAGGAAAUGUGUUGACGCUCCCAGUCGUGGAAAAGGCGAAGACGCGUCUUGUGCUCGAUAAACGUUCCAAUCAUGACUAUUUGCCCACCCAUGGCAAUGCAUCUUUCAUCCACCAUACCCAAAUCCUCAUAUUUGGGGAGACUCUAGCACAUCAGCUGCUUUCAGGAUCGGGCUCUCGGCUCGCCUCGUUACAGACAGUCUCGGGAGCAGGCGCCAAUCAUCUCGGUGCGCAGUUCCUUGCCAAACACCUCCAACCUCGGCGUAUCUGGAUCCCCGAUAUAACAUGGGAUAAUCAUCCCGUAAUUUGGCAGCUGGCGAGCGACUCAAUGACCCGGGGAGUGAAACCCCUGCAGGUUCGGGUCUAUCCAUAUUAUGACAAAGAGACCCACUCUUUGAAAUUUGAGAGAAUGAUGCGUCUCCUCGAGCAGGAGGCUGAGACCGAUGAUAUUCUUCUGCUACAUGCCUGUGCGCAAAACCCCACGGGGGUCGAUCCUACAAAAGAGCAGUGGAAAACCUUAUCCGCCUUUUGCUCCCUCCGAAAGUUAUUCCCCUUUUUUGAUCUGGCAUAUCAAGGCCUUGCAUCUGGGUCACUCGAUGAGGAUGCAUGGGCAAUCCGCCACUUUGUCGACAGCAACCUCGAGCUGUGUGUUGCACAAACAUUCUCUAAAAACAUGUCGCUGUAUGGCGAACGCGUCGGAACAUUCCAUCUCGUUGCGGCCUCUGCAGACGCCGCCACGCGGGGGUUCAGCCAGAUCUCCCGGAUCCAGCUUACAGAAAUAUACUCUCCCCCAGCAUUUGGGGCCAAUAUAGCCACUAUGAUCUUGUCAGAUCCAGAACUCUAUGAUCAAUGGAGGCAAGAAAUUUGCAUGAUCCAUGGAAGACUCGUAACAAUGAGAGCGGCCCUUGUGACAGAGCUAGAAAUACUUGGAGCCCCGGGCGAUUGGGGUUAUAUAAAAAGCCAGGUUGGAAUGUUUACAUGCAUGAAUCUGAGUGCCAGGCAGAUCGCUCUUCUGAAGACUUAUCACAUCUACGUCACAGGAUCCGGCCGGAUAUCAAUCGCAGGAUUAAAUGGAGGCAAUGUUCGGUAUGUCGCUGAAGCAUUGACUACGGUCAUGAGAGAAGAGUAA